AUGCUUUCCGCCUUAAGAGUUUCUUCCUCCAAGCCAACGGCCACAAUGGUCAUCAUCCACGGGCUGGGUGAUUCUGGUGAAGGAUGGAAGUUUUUGAGUGACAUCUUUCAGAGACAAGACCAAUUGAAACAUAUCAACUUUGUGUUCCCGAACGCACCUUUGAACCCCGUGUCCAUUGCCGGUGGAGCACAAAUGCCAUCGUGGUUCGAUCUGUACCCUCCUGACGAUCCGACACAUCCUGAAGACACCGUGGGCUUCUGGAAGAGUGCAGACCAGAUCAAACAGUUGAUUCAGAAGGAGAUCGACUCGGGCAUUCCUUCGAACCGCAUCAUCGUGGGCGGCUUUUCCCAAGGUGCCGCAUUGAGCCUUGCAGUUGCAGCUUCGUCAACUACCAAACUGGCCGGUGUGCUUUGUUUGUCUGGGUUCUGUCCCGUUCCAAGCUCUUUGCCGGGUAAAGUUACCGACACCAACAAGAGCACGCCAAUUUUCCAAGCGCACGGCGACGAAGACCCAAUCAUUCCCCUGGCGCAGGGCCGCCAGACGUUGGAACUGUAUCGUAAACUUGGAUUUGAAAACAUUGAUUUCAAGGAGUACGCAGGAAUGGCUCAUUCGUCGUGUCCUGAGGAAUUGCAGGAUAUCAUAGCUUUCGUGAGAAAGACUCUUCCAUAG